UACUGUACACGGGUGCGUCGUAGCCAAUUUUCCACGGGGUUACCGACGUAGCCUACAUGGUCUCUUUCUUUUUAUGGAAAGUCGAGCAAUGGCCGAGGUCUCAGUCCAACAGGAUUUCGCCCGAUUCAAGAAAACAAUCGAGAGCUUGGCGCCUGUCUUCCAGGAUAUCUUACAGCACUUCGAAAAUGUGGCAGAGCGACAUUUCAAGACGGGAAACAGGGAGCAGAAAGAGGAAGACAUGAAAUCUCUCCUCAUUAGCGAAAACGAUGAAAAAUACCUGCAGGACACCCUGCGCAAAAGCUGUGCACCUGUCGUUGCAUUCGUUGGGAGUUCCAACGCGGGUAAGAGUUCCCUGUUGAAUCUUGUCCUCGGGAAAACGCGCAUCGUACCGGAGAAGCAGCAUUGCUGCACGGCAAGGGUGGUGCGACUGAAACGAUCCACGGCACCUCCAGGGAGUCGCGACGGACAGUCAUGGUGCUUACUGGACAAACAUGGGAAUAGAGUAAGUGACCCCCAGGCUUUUCAGAGGAGGAUCCCAACUGAACUGAUAGACCUUGAGGACGAGCAGCGUUAUGGAGUGGACGUGGAACAGGUCGUUGAAGGGACUGUCUUCGCUGAUGGGCUCCUCUCUUACGGUGUGGAGGUGAUUGACACCCCCGGUCUCGGCGAAUCGGAAUCACUCAACAACCUACUUCUGAAAGCCAUGAAUAAUGACAUACGUCCUCUGAUUGUCUACGUCAUAAAUGGACAGACAUUCCUCAAGUGCGAGGAAUUCGACCUCAUCAACAAUCUAAAAACAAGUUACCCCCAAGCGGAGUUCAUUUUCGUGGUCAACAAAUCGGACAUUGAUGAGUCUCAUGAUUCUAUGGAUCACAGCGACGGUGAAGACGUGGUGGACGGAGCGACAAAUGAGAGAGACAAGAGGGAUUGCUCAGUGCGGCGGCUAGGAGAACUGGAGACCAUCAUGAAAAAACUGAAAUAUCUAGGUUAUCUCAACCGGGAGGAGGAAUUCGGCAAGUCUGAGAUAUUCCAUUGCUUGUCUGCUAGGUUAGUAAGGAAUGCACGACGCAAGAUGAAGACUAAGAGUGGUUCAGAAUUGAGUGACAGCGAGAAGUUGUUUCUUGACUCCUAUGAAAGGUUCCAUGAUUGUCUUGUGAAUAGGUUGCACUAUAUUAUGCGUGAUUUGGAGGUGUGUGUUCGCGACCGCGUUAAUAACUUGCUGAAAUCCUUCCUUGAGUUGCUUGGGAGCAAUCGUGUUGGUAUCCUCAAGGCGCUGCAUGACAUGGGAGAUUUCAUAGCCAGCGCCCAGAAGGCUGAGAACCGCAUUCAUGAAAAUAGGUCACUGCAUAAGAUCUUUGACAAGAUUUUCUCAAAUGAAGCCGUCAUUUCGUCCACAUUGGAUACCGCUAAAGAAAGCUUGUCACGGUUGGCGGAGGGACCUGUCGCAAUGCGGAAGCUAGAGGACAUCCAACGUGAUCCUGCGCGAAGGUUGUGGCUAAAGCGUUUUGGUUUACCAGAGGCGGGACAAGAGGAUGGACGUCCGUCUCGAGAGGAAGAGGUGAACCAGAGGUUUAUAGCAAGAAUCAAGGCAGUAUCUUUCGCAAUAGAAGCUGAACUCGUCAUCGUAAACCGUGUUUCUUCAGGCCUCGCCGACCGCAUGGAGAAAGCCCUGAUGGAGAGUGCUGGUGAAUUCCAAGACGUCAUGAAUGAGGCUCGGUCGCAGAACGUUGAGGUGCUGAGUGGUCUGUUUGAUCAGGCGUACCGGGUGCGACAUCACAAAGCUGGUGGUUUUGAUGGGGUCGCGAAAAUGCACGACAUCGUAAAUUGCCAAUGGGCGCCUCUGAAGACGAUGGUGUGGGAGACGGUGCGUCGCUACUGCGAGGAGGUUCUCAAAACGAUAAAAAUAAAGCAGGCGAACUACAAACAGUGGCAGACGGAUUUUGUUGAAAUGGCGUUCAGUCAGUUAAGUGAGGAGGAGAUAGGAUCGAGGCUACGGGAGGGAUGCUCCAAUAAGCUAAACGAGAUGCAUCGAGACUUUAUCAAAAUAACUUCACGGGUGAAAGAACUCCGAGAAGCAGUGAAAAGGACAGGUAGUGAGAACAUCAAACUACUGGAGACGGACGUCAAGUCUAGGCUACUCCUCCACAUGUGUGAGGUCGCCUCCAUCGAGUUCCAACGGGACCAAGGGAGGGAGUUAGAGGCAGGUCAUCGCUGGUUGGGUCAAGACGGAGACUUCACCAUCCGUGAGUGCAAGGCGAAUAGGGACUGGGUGAUCUACGUGGCGAGAAAAUGCGACUUUCCCGAUGAGCAGGAGUGGCUGAAGGUGACUGGACAUGUCUUCUUUGCUUCCGAGAUGAGGAAACGCUUAGCAAAACUCCAUCCUAACCUCGUAAACUGCCAUGGUUUCUGGAUGCCAGACAGAGAGACAUUCAAUGUGGCGUUUGACAGGACGGACUCAACCCUGGCGGAAUACCUUAACACCAGGAGCCCAACGCUUCGGGAACGUCUGAGCAUCGCCCUGAAGAUUGCUCAUGCCCUGGCGGACAUCCAUGCUGUCCAUUUAUCCCAUCUGGACCUCCGGCUCAGUAACAUUGUGAUGCUGGGUGACGAACCCAAACUUCUCCACUGUUGUUCUAAGUCACCGCUGGAUCCAAUUGUAGUAGAAAAGGAUGGAAAGUCUACAAAACAUCCGCCCUUCCACCUGCAUCCUGAUUUCACAACAAGAGAAAGGACCGACGCCACAACCUACAUGGAUUGCUACGCUUAUGGGAUGUUCCUUUGGAUACUGACCACUGGUUCUCCGGAAGCCUACCCGGAGGUGUUCGCAGCAUAUGACACCAUACAACGGCUUAGUGGAGCCAGACAGGAGCGGGAUACGGAUAUCUUGCCGGAGGAGCCGCGCGCGUCGCCAGGGGAGGAGGAUCUGGUGACAGGACUAUAUGAGUUGAUGAAGCUCACAUGGAGAGAAUGCAAGGACCUUCACAUGGCUUGUGUUGCUGAUCAUUUGGAAUAUCUGUUGGAUAUGAGAAAGGAAAGUGCGCUAUUUCAGGCUUACCCGGCUCUGAAGGGGGCGACCUCAUAAAAGUAAACACAAAUCAAAGUUUCAUCCUGAUAGAGCAAUUUCGGCAGUGUCCCGUUUGUCGCAUGGCUGGUGUGACAGGAGUUUAAGACACCCAGAGAUAGCCCGAGUAGUCGGUAGGUGUCGGAAGACAGUAGAUGCAUUAAAAUAGCAUUUGGAGUGACAGAAGACGUUUUGUGAUGGGUCAAGAUGAUGAGAUGGGCUUGAAGACAGAAGAGGCAUUCGCAUUCAUAGGCGACAGAAGACGUCCAGAGAUAAACUGAGGCGUAGGUAGGAGACGGAGGACGGUAGAUGCAUCGCUAUACAGGAUGUCUCAGAGACAAAACUGUAAAGCCUCGAAGGCCUAAUACGGAGACAAUUCGGGGAACUUUUGUAAUCUUCUGAUGUCUCACAAAAGGAUUCAUACUUUACCUUAUCAUAUGGCUCAUCCGUGGGACAAAGUUCCGAUAUGACGCAAUCCCUCCACUCAUUUGGUCCUUCGCCGUCUCAUUGAAGUAAACCCCAUCUAACUCAGCUCAGUAGUCAUCGUUGUUUGCCAUAAGGGCCAGAAAUGAUCUUAAAAGCCCUGUUACUUGGGGCCCAACAUGGAGACAUUGUCACAACCUUUCUCUGACACCAAGUAUACAAAUUGUUGCAAUUAUCCACAGUACAGGAAGUCUCAGAAAAGGAAAUGGAGAGAGUCAAGGGCAUAGAUGAAGACAAUGAAACAAUGUCUGUCACACCAGUUGACAAAAACUGUUCAAUUCUGCAUUGCUAGAUAGAGGAUGUCUCAUUGAUAUUUGUAGGCCCAUCAAGGCAAAAUACAUAUGGUGUAAACAUAUUGCA